UGCAGUACUGUGUGGUAAAAAUAGGCGUGUUUUUUUUUCGAAAAAUGGAGGGCGAAAUUUAUGCUUUUUUGAAUGAACCCUUUAAUUAUCGGGAACUCCACAAUUUCCUGGGGACAAGGCGAAACAUCCAAGAGAGAAGAGAGGCCAACAAUCGGGGCAUAAAACUUUUAGAGCAUUUUUCCACAAUACCAAACAGAAACGUGGAAAUUGAUUGUAUCAAUCCGGGAUGCAAUCUGCAAAUGAAAGCCCACUCGGAUAGAACCAUUGCCGUCGGGUGGAGAUUCUGCUGCCCGGCAAACCACAAGAUUAGUGCAACCAACAACACAUUCUUACACAAUGUUCGUCUAAGGGAGAUUGGAGCAGACAGGAUUGUGGAAAUAAUAGCAUAUUGGUUGGAUCAACAACCAUUAGAUUACACAAUUGCGGAGACAAAAAUAGCGACAGACACAGCAGUCGCUUGGUAUAAAUACUGCAGAGAUGUGGCAAGGAAAGUGGCUUGGCACAAUUUUCGACAAAUUGGUGGACCACAAGACAUAGUGGAAGUUGACGAAACCCACCUUACCAAAAGGAAAUACAACAUAGGUCGCCAUACAGCCUGGAGGCAUUGUUGGGUCUUUGGUGGGACAAGUAGGACAAGUAAAAAAGUAUUUGCUACAACAGUAGAAGAUCGCUCAGCAAAUACAUUACUACCUAUUAUGCAGCAAUUUAUAGACCACGAAACAUUUAUUUGUUCGGAUGAAUGGAGAGCUUAUGGAUUGUGUAACCAAUUAUUUUCGGGGCACGGAACUGUGAACCACUCUGUGAAUUUUUUAAACCCUGCCAGGGAUGACGAUCCCUUGUGGAUGCCUGCUGGCAGAUUUCAUGAAAACUGCUUAGACGAAGCCUUUAACGGCCCUGUGCCUAAUGUAAAUAUGGUGCCAAUACGUUAUCAUACUCAAAAUAUAGAAAGGCAAUGGCGAGCCUUAAAAACAAUCUUUAAAAGAGGAUCAGGCAUAACAUAUGCCGACGAUUACAUCGGAGAGUGGAUGUAUCGGACCAACGAUCUAUCAGAAGUCAACAGUCGAGCGGCCCGGUUCGAGAUGUUCUGCCGAGAUAUUGCCAGAGCGUAUCCCGGACCGGGACGGCGCGGCGCCCGAUGUCCGCAAAUCUUAUUGAAUGCGAUUGCCACGAGUGCGAGCCGUUAUAAGAGUGCGAGUAAGAUACCGAUUUUUUUAUCUAGCUUUUAAAGACGUCUUUCAAAAACUUUUUUCACAAACUCAUAGGUAGAAUAGUCGCAAUUAAAGAAAAGGCCAGGAGCGUCAUUAAUAGGGAUGGGCGAUAAUGGCUUAUAACUAUCGAUAAGUAUUGCAAUUCCCUAUCAAUAUAUUUUAGUUAUCGAUAUGUCGAUAAUUAUCGAUAUAUCGAUAAUUUUGAAGUCACCUAUUGUUAUUAGCAAUAAAUAUCGAUGUUAUCGAUAUAUCGAAAAAAAUCCCAUCCGUAGGCAUCAAUAUUUUUUAUAUUUUGUCGAUGUUCGCCUCCUCGACGUUAAAUAGUGUCGUGCGAAAUAAUUCCAAAUAAUAUUUUAUAGCGUUAGAAUAAAAAUACCCUAAGUACAUAUUAGAGACAUAAUUCCAUACCUAGAAAUACCGUAUGGUCGAAAAAAACGGCGUCCAAUUGGCUUGGAAAUGAACAUCGUUGACAUUCCCCAUAUAAU